CUUUGAAUAAUGAUGUAUAGCGCCGGCGAAUUUAUGGACAAAAGUGAUACUAGUUCAGUACAAGUUUAUUAAGUAACUCGACUUUACUUUGCAGUAUUCCGCAGAUUAUUUUAUUAAUUUUUUAGCUAUUAACCAAUCCAUUGUUUGUUGUAAACAAAACAAAGUGUUAGAAGAUCGUGCCGUCUUGCGCUUCUUCAUGUAGUCCUUUGGGAAGAAAAUUUGCUAACUAGCUAGCUAGGUAGCUAUUCCAGCAUUGCAAUUGUGCUUAUGAGAAACAUUUAAUUGUACAGAUAAAACAACCUUAGCCGUUGGCAAUUGGUUAUAGAAACAAAAAUCAUUUUUCUCACACCUACAUUUUUGUUUUAUACAGAGCAGAAUUUUUUGUCAUCAUUUUAACUAUACAGAUAUGGUGAAAAUUGGAUUACAAUUCAAAUCAACUCUUGAAAAUUUAACAAAUUUAAAAGCUGAAGGUGACGAUUUCCGUUGGUAUGUAAAGACAAAGUGUUUAAAUUGUGGUGAGGAGACAAAGGCCUUCAUAUAUCUCUGUUUAUUAGAAAAUGCACCAUUAAAAGGUGGCAGAGGACAUGCAAGUAUAGUGUCAAAAUGUAAGCUCUGUAGCCGAGAGAAUUCAAUUGAUAUCUUGAAAGAAACGAUUACAGAGUACAAUAUUGAGCAUUCUGGUUCAUUUCACACUAUUGUGGUUUUUGAAUGCCGGGGAAUGGAACCAACAGAAUUCUCACCUAGAACUGGUUGGUCUGCUUCUGGUGCCGAGACUAACUCACAGUUCUUAGUUGACUUAACUGAGGGCGACUGGUGCGAUUUCGAUGAGAAAGCCUCUGUCAGUGUUGGUAUUUAUGAAAUUGAGCAUAAAUUUGUAAAAGUUCAUUAAGUUGAUAAAAGUGGAUUUUUAACAGGAUAUAAUAGUCAUAUUUUCAAAGAAUUUUUAACUGAUACUGUAACAAAUUUUAGUAUUUAAAUUAUUUAUAGGUAGUUCUUGUUCUUUCUUUCUUAAAUUUCUUGGAUUUCUCUUAUUUUUUGUUUUGGAUUUUUUUUGUCUUUUUAUUAUCCUCUAAUGCACCACUUCCUGUUUAAUGUUGUUAUCAUUGUUGUUCAAAUUCAUUAGAAGAGAGAAGAGGUUGGUAUAUAUGUAUAUCUGCCAAUCCUAGUCAUCAUUCAGAAAGAUUUUCACUUAGUCAAUGUCUGUAUGAUAUUAACACUUUCAGUUAUAUUAAAAUAUAGAAAAGAAAUACUAUGUUUAUCAGGAUUUAAGUCCUUGCUUAAAAAUACCUCCCCCCCCACUGUAAAAGAGCACGUUAUUCAUUGAAGCAAAUAUGCAACUUUCUCGAAUUAAAGUUCCUGAUACGAAAUAUUUGUGAAUUAUUUUAAAAUCAUAGAAUCUUACCAGUGACAAUCUUUCUAAAUAAACAAAUAAAUCCCACUCUUAUAAUAAGUGCUUCAGUUGAAAUAGCAUCGCUUGCAGAGAAGUCAUACAUUCAUUUUUUUAAAAUGGAGGAUGGUUAUAGUUAUAUUGAUUACCGUGCUUAUGACUUCAAAUAAUUUUGAUUGUAUUUUUGGUAAAACACAAGUGUCACCGUUUUGGUUAAGUUUCUAAUGUGAGAUUAUGUUGUAUUUAAGUGUAAAUAAUAGUAUGUCUAUAACUGGUAAGUUUUACAAAAAGAUGUUGUGAGAAUAUA